AUGGUGGUAGGAAAAAUAGUUUCAACCAUUGGUCACUCUUGUUACCACGGUUUUGUUUUUGUUAAAAUAAUAAUAUUUUGUUCUGUCGUUGAAUGGUUGAAUAUAACGUAUUUACAAUAUUUGGUAUUUAUUCGUUGCUUACGAUUGUAUUCUGAGAUUCUUUUUUCGACAGCGGUAAUUUUCAACGUUUCAAGAAAUUAAUGUACAUGUUAUGUUUACAUGUCAGCAUUUGGAUUUUGCGGUAACGAGGCGUGUCUCAUAAAUGAUAUGACGGUAGUGGGUGAUGAUUGGUUAUAUGCACAUCUCUAAAAAUAUAUUAGGUGGAGCGUAGCGGCCGGCCACCAUGAGCGAGGCCCUGCUGGAGGACGUGCUGACGUUCUCGAGCCGCGCGGUGCAGUUCGACCGGGCGGGGCAGCACGAGGUGGCGGCCUACUACUACCGCGAGGCGGCGGGCUUCCUGGACCUGGCCGUGCGCGACGCCACGGACGAGGCCGGCGCGGAGACCUGGCGCCGCCGCGCCCAGGAGUACCGCGACCGGGCGGAGGCCCUGGACGAGCUCAAGCGCUCGCCUCCGCCCGAGGCGUCGCGCGGCCAGAAGGACCUGCAGCAGUGCCACUUCCUGUUCGACCAGGCGCUCACCGCGGAUGAGGCAGGGCUCGCAGAAAAGGCGGUGAAGCUGUACACCAAGGCCAUCGAGCUGGGGCUGAGUGCCCGGAAGGCAACGAGUGACCCGGAGCUGCAGACCAAGCUCGCCAACCUCGCCCGGCAGGCCUUGGAGAGGGCGGAGCAGAUCAAGGGCAUCCGGCCCCCCGCGGAGAAGCCCGCUGGACCCCGCCCGCCGCCCGUGAGCGAGAGCAGGAGCCCCAUCCCGCCCGCCAGAGUCAUCGACAGCAGAGAGGCGAGGCGGCAGCUUCAUCGCGGCAGCAGCGCCCACCUCAAGGUCACGGGGCAGGCCACCUACACCGAGGAGGAGAAGCGCGUGCUGCUGCAGACGUCCCGCAUCAACGGCAUCGAGUACUUGCCGUUCAUGAGCGUGGACCUGGACGAGAAGUUCCAGUACAAGCUGCCGUUCAGCGACAGGGACGGCCUGCUGGCGCUGUCCCCCAAGCAGCGUCGCGACUUCUCGCGCUGGGCCCGCCCCGCCGACUUCUGCAAGGAGCCCGUCAUGGUCGCCGGCCAGUUCGUCGACUGCUUCAGCAUCAAGCAGACGGUCGUGUCGGACUGCUCCUUCGUGGCCUCGCUGGCCGUCAGCGCUCUGUACGAGCGUCGCUUCGGCAAGCGCCUGGUCACCUCCAUCAUCUACCCCCGCAACAGCCGCAAGGAGCCCAUCUACAACCCUUUCGGGAAGUACAUGGUGAAGCUGCACGUGAACGGGGUGCCGCGCAAGGUGGUGAUAGACGACCAGCUGCCCCUGGGCCGCUACGGGGACCUGCUGUGCUCCUACUCCAGCAGCCGCAACGAGCUGUGGGUGUCUCUGCUCGAGAAGGCCUACAUGAAGGUGAUGGGCGGCUACGACUUCCCCGGCUCCAACAGCAACAUUGACCUGCACGCGCUGACGGGCUGGAUCCCGGAGCGCGCGGCCAUCCGGCCCUCGGAGCCGGACUUCAACGGCGAUGCGCUGUUCGAGAAGCUGCGCUCGCGGCUGGAGAAGGGGGACGUGCUGGCGACCGUGGCCACGGGCGAGAUGAGCGAGGCGGAGGGGGAGCGGGUGGGGCUGGUGCCCACGCACGCCUACGCCGUGCUGGACGUGCGCAGCGCGCAGGGCGUUCGACUUCUGAAGCUGAAGAAUCCGUGGUCUCAUCUUCGUUGGCGAGGCAACUAUUCCGAACUCGACACGAAGAACUGGACUCCUGAGUUGCAGAAUCUCUUGCACUUCGACCCGAACAACGCGGCCAUGUUCGACAACGGUGUGUUCUGGAUCGACUACACGAGCAUUUUGAGGUUUUUCGACGUGUUCUACUUGAACUGGAACCCGAGACUGUUCAACUACACCUUCUGCAUUCAUCAGUCGUGGAAGGCCGGCGCGGGCCCCAUCAAGGACGCCUACAACGUGGGGGAGAACCCCCAGUUCUGCCUGGAGGUGGAGGAGGGGGCGGGUGCGGUGUGGAUCCUGCUGACGCGCCACAUCACGGCCCUGGAAGACUUCAAGGAGAACCGGGAGUACAUCACCGUGCUGGUGUACCGCAACGACGGCAAGCGCGUCUACUACCCCAACGACCCUCCCCCGUUCAUCGACGGGGUGCGGAUAAACAGCCCCCACUACCUGUGCAAGCUGGUGCUGAGCGAGAGCAGCGCGCGUCGCUACACCCUGGUGGUCUCCCAGUACGAGAAGAUGCACACCAUCCACUACACGCUGCGGGCCUACGCCACCUGCCCCAUCUCGCUGGGGAAGAUACCCAACCCCUACGAGUACAGCAAGCAGGUGUCGGACGGCCAGUGGAAGGGGCCCACCGCCGGCGGCUGUGGCAACCACCCGGCCACGCACUUCAACAACCCGCGCUACCGGCUCGUGCUGGAGUCGGCGCGCAGCCAGCUGCUGCUGGACCUGCGCGGCCCCAAGCAGUACCAGAUCGGCAUGGACGUCAUCUGUGUCGUCGCCAGCGACCAGAACGCCCCGGGCCGCUUCUCCAAGAAACACUCGGGGGCCUUCAGAUCCGGGUUUGUGGUGAUGGAGCUGGAAGACGUGCCCGCGGGGACGUACGAUAUCAUCCCCUCCACUUUCCUGCCGGGCCAGGAAGGACCGUUCAUCCUCACCGUCAAGUCGUCGAGUAGUUUCCAACUGUCUCUGGUGCAGUAGGGCGGUGUCGCUGUUUAUCGAGAACAGCCAUGAGCCUAGUGUUUCUUACGAUGCUUGUGAGCAGAUGUGGGCCUAAUUACCGACCAUUGUGGCCUUCUUUGAGCAGCGGGUCGUGGUGGUAAAACUGGCACGAGGGAGAAUUAAGAUACUGUGGCAUAUUCAGCUUCUGGAAACACUAUGUGAAUUUUAUCUGCAACUCAUUGAAAUUUAACUAUUGUUCCAAAAAUUAUUUUUUCCAUUCACUAAUUUUUUUAAAUAAUUCGUUGUUCACGAUUGCAAACAAAGGGCAAAAAAUAAUUAUAUAUAUUUUUUUAUUUGAAGUUGAUGAUCUGUUCUAACCUCGUUGCAACAGUCCAGAACAAAUUACAGGGGUGCCCAUUCAACUGUCGAACUUGAAUCACAAUUUGUAGUGUUUCCAUGACGUGAUUAAUAAGUUUGGUUCUGAAACCUGUGUGUGUAGAAAACAAUUAGAAUAUAAUAAUAUAUUUAAGAAAUCUGAUGAAAGAGCUGUAAAUUAUUUGCUGAUAUAAUUGCUUCUACGGAAUUAUUCAUUAACUAUGUAUAUAUGUACAAGUGAAACAUAGCUUAUUCUGUUUUACUCGCUGUUUUAUGCAGAGCCAUUAUGUGAUAUACACAGUUUAAAUUAGCUGCUGUUUAACAAAACACUAAACCUAUUUUUAUACUCCUUGUUAUUUGUUUGUACAGUUGAUUUAUAUGAAAAUGUUUUAUCUUGCCAAAUAAUAAUAUUUUAAUUUAUCA